AUGAAAUCUAGUGCGUGCAACGGGUGUGCUGCCGAGCUGAGCAGCUUCCCGGCGAAUGCGCGACCCGCGGCUGCGGUGCACACAGUAGGCGCUUCGCGGCGCGCGCAGAAGUCAAGUCGCGGACCAUUGCACGGGCGCUUACUCUCUGGCUCCGGCGCAGCACUCGAGCCCACGGGGCGCAGCGGGAACGCGCACACUCGUCCCCCCUUUCCGUGCCCAGCUGCGUCCAGCUGCGACCCCGCCCCCGGGCGCCGUGGUUGGCUGCGGGCCGGAGACCUGCGAUUGGCCCGGCAGCCGGAGCUGGAUGAAGACGAGUCGGCGGAGGGCCGGCGCUGGGGUGCACAGCACGCCGGUGCCCGGGAGCUGGCGGCGCUCUACUCGCCAGGCAAGCGUCUCCAGGAGUGGUGCUCUGUGAUCCUCUGCUUCAGCCUCAUCGCCCACAACUUGGUUCACCUCCUGCUGCUGGCCCGCUGGGAGCACACGCCCCUCGUCAUCCUGGGUGUUGUUGCAGGAGCUCUCAUUGCUGACUUCCUGUCCGGCCUGGUACAUUGGGGUGCCGAUACAUGGGGCUCUGUGGAUCUGCCCAUUGUGGGGAAGGCCUUCAUCAGGCCAUUCCGGGAGCACCACAUUGACCCCACAGCCAUCACGAGGCAUGACUUCAUUGAGACCAAUGGUGACAACUGCCUGGUGACGCUUCUGCCACUGAUGAACAUGGCCUACAAGUUCCGAACCCAGAGCCCAGAGACCCUGGAGCAGCUGUACCCCUGGGAAUGCUUCGUCUUCUGCCUGACCAUCUUUGGCACCUUCACCAACCAGAUCCACAAAUGGUCACAUACAUAUUUGGGGCUGCCCUGCUGGGUCACCGUCCUGCAGGACUGGCACGUGAUCCUGCCACGGAAACACCAUCGCAUCCACCACGUGGCACCCCAUGAGACAUACUUCUGUAUCACCACAGGCUGGCUCAACUACCCCCUAGAGGUGAUAGGCUUCUGGCGUCGCUUGGAGGACCUAAUCCAGGGCCUGACGGGUGAGAAGCCACGGGCGGACGACAUGAAGUGGGCCCAGAAGAUCAAGUAGCAUGUCCAGCUGCCUGGUCGCCAACCUUCCCCAGCCUGAACUGAAGCCAUCUGCCAAAUUUCAGCCUCUUUGAGCUGCCCUUCCAGUGAAGAGGAGUCCCCUGGGCUGGGCCCAGGCACCCCUAGCCCACCCCCAGUGACACAGAAUACUUGAGCCACCGAGUUUUCAUUUCCUCAUCUUUUCUUUCCUUGGGCCUUCCUGGGCCAUUGAGCUGCUCCAGGGCCAAGCCUGACUGCAGAAGGGGAGCCCCGUCCUGCUGGCCAGCCCCGCCCUGCACACCUGCCCUGCACGCCUGCCCCCUGCCGUGGCCCUCACCGGUAUAGGGGUCACUGACUCACUUGGUCUAUCCCCAGUGAUCCAGAGAGUCCCCAGGACAUUUAAAUGUCCCUGCAUCAUGGUCCUCCCUCAGCCUUGCAAACUGACUCCAGAGGCCUAAGUGGGCAGACCACCCCAGCUGCCAUGCAAGAGAGGCAGAGCUGGGCAGUGGUCAAAGGGCAGCUGGCAGGGAGAGGCCAGAAUCUCCUGCACCCACCCGUAUGGGUGUCCCCUUUACCCCCCAGUUCUUCUGUCCACGUGUCCACCCACAUCUGAGGUCUUCAGUAUGAAGACAUCUUACAGGGCACAGCUGUUGUGAAGGGCUUGGUCAUUUGGGGGGGGGACCCUGUCCCCUAUGGCCAGUGUGUCAGAGGAGGAAGGAAGAUUAGGGCUUUUUUAUUUUGGGGUUUUUUUUUUUUUUAAAGGUGCUUGCUUGUCAAUGUAAAUAAUAGAACGCCUUAAUACCUUUCUGUAACAUGGAGUAAUAUUUUAAUGUCAUGUUUUGGAUGUAUAUAAUAUAUUUAUAACAAAGGAAGAGUCUCCUUAACCCUGGCUGCUUCGUGAUGUUUCCAGAUGGCUGCAUAGAGGGGCUUAGCUCUGACACAGUGAUGUUUGGUUUAGAUUUCUGUGUUUUUUGUGGUUUGCCUGCAUGUAUGUAUGUGUACCACAUGUGUGCCUGGUGCCCACAGAGAUCACAAGAGGACAUUGGAUUCCUGGAACUGGAGUUCUGAUAGUCGGGAAACAAGUGGUGCUGGGAACUGAACCAGUUCCUCUUGAUGCUCCAGUCCUAAAUCUCUGUGUUUUGAGGUAAUGUGUCAUACACUCAAGGUGACCUCACACUUCUUACACAACCAAGGUGGCCUUGAAUUCCUGAUCUCCCUACCCUCACCUCACAAGUGCUGGGGCUACAGGUGUGUGCCACCAUGCACAAGGUCGUGCUAGAGCAGUGCUGGCUAGCCCAUCCCAGACUCCUUUAGGGGUCAUUACCACCUGAUGUAUGUCUUGACUCUGGCCUGGACUCAGACCAGCGAGGACUGGACAUUCAUGGUGGGAACUGACCUAGAAAAAGAGGCAAUAAAUGCAAAGGAACACA